CCCAACUCCUGUCUUCCAAUCCCUUUCACUCCAGUUUCUAGCUGCCACAAAUUAAUAGCCAUGGAACUAUCACCCUCGCAUUGCCGUAGACAACAACAUAACAUCGGCUUUCUUAAGCUCUUCGUGGUCUCCGUCCUUAGCUGCGUCACCUUGCAUGUUUCAGACCCUGACGUGCCUUCCUCCCUCAAAACACUGAGUCUCGAAGGCCAUUUCAGCUUCCACGACACUUCCGACGCCGCCAAAGACUUCGGAAACCGCUUCCGGUUCUUGUCAUCGGCAGUCCUGCAUCCCAAGUCGGUCGCCGAUAUCUCUGCCGCCGUGAAGCAUGUCUUUCGGAUGGGCCUGAGCUCCAAGCUCACGGUCGCAGCUCGAGGCCAUGGGCAUUCGCUCCAAGGCCAGGCGCAGGCGCCUGGGGGUAUCGUCAUCCAGAUGGAGUCCCUUCGGGAACCCGAGACUCGGGUGCACGUCGGAGAUUCCCCGUAUCUUGAUGCUUCAGGAGGUGAGCUAUGGAUCGAUGUUCUGCUCGAGAGCCUUAAGCAUGGCCUGGCGCCGAAGUCCUGGACUGACUACCUCCACCUUACCGUCGGGGGCACGCUGUCCAACGCUGGGAUCAGCGGGCAGGUCUUCCGGCACGGACCGCAGAUCAGCAACGUCCACCAGCUCCAAGUAGUAACAGGAGAAGGAGAGAUAGUGAACUGCUCCGCUGAGGAGAAUGCUGACCUCUUCUACGGCGUUCUUGGAGGUUUAGGUCAGUUCGGAAUCAUCACGAGUGCCAGAAUUGCACUCGAGCCGGCGCCAAAGAUGGUGAAGUGGAUUAGAGUUCUGUAUUCGGACUUCACCAGCUUCACCGAGGACCAGGAGAUGCUGAUAUCGGCAGAGAAGACCUUCGACUACAUCGAAGGCUUCGUGAUGAUAAACAGGACAGGACUUCUGAAUAACUGGAGAUCUUCAUUCAACCCGCAGGACCCAGUUCAAGCCAGCCAAUUCAAUUCUGAUGGGAGGAUUCUCUUCUGCCUCGAGAUGACUAAAAACUUCAAUCCAGACGAGUCUGACGUGAUGAACCAGGAAGUCGGAACACUCCUGUCGAAACUUCGUUACAUACCGUCAACGUUGUUCCGAUCGGAGGUGUCGUACCUGGAGUUCUUGGACAGGGUACAUGUCUCUGAGGUGAAGCUGAGGUCCCAAGGCUUGUGGGAAGUUCCACACCCAUGGCUAAAUCUUUUCAUACCAAGAACCAGAAUCCACGACUUCGCUAAAGAGGUCUUUGGGAAAAUUCUUCCAGACAGCAGCAAUGGUCCCAUACUCCUAUACCCACUUAAUAAAUCGAAGUGGGACAACAGAACGUCAGCAGUCAUUCCAGAUGAGGAAGUCUUCUACUUGGUGGCCUUCCUUUCGUCGGCGCCGCCUUCAUCCGAUCAUGCCAGUUUAGAACUUGCAUUGAAACAGAACGAUAAGAUCUUAGACUUCUGCGAGAAAGCAGGCAUCCAAGUGAAGCAAUAUUUGCCGCACUACACCACGAAGGAGGAGUGGAAAGCCCACUUUGGGGCCAGCUGGGAGAUAUUUGCUCGGAGAAAAGCCAUUUACGAUCCACUGGCCAUUCUAACGCCAGGACAGAGAAUUUUUCAGAAGGCAGUACUUUCCUCAUGACAUCAACUUAUACAAAGUGUUCGUAGCGGAUGUUCUGAAAAAAAAAACAUGAUAAGAAUAGUUGUUCAUACGUACAAGGCUUUCACAGCUUGAGAGAGCCAGAAUAGCUAAUUGUAUAAAUGAGAAGGAGAAGAGAGGCUUAGAAUCCUUUAUGAACCCAGAGACCAAAUGACAACACCAGCAAAAACAAAAGAUCUAUGAAAAGAAUCUAGCAGCUCGAAAUCAUUUUCUAUAUAUAUGAUGUUGGA